AUGAAGAUCUCCGCCAGCGCUCUCCUCGCCCUCGUCACCAUUCUCCCCAUGACCAACGCCUGGAUCUUCACCACUAAGAGCGGCCAGUGGGAUGGCACUAAGAGCAGGGCCUGUACCAAAGCCCCAAACAAGAAGGGUACUACCUAUGACUGGAGCGCCCGUGGCUGUACCAUCCGCAUCUACAGUGACAGCAAAUGCGAUAACCAGAUCGGCAUUGCUGAUAAAGAUUGGAAGAAGCACGAGCUGAGUCGCGACAUGGGAGCGUUCAAAGUCAGCUGCUGA